GAGCUACACCGACUCUCGGCUCCUAGCCCAGAGAGGGGGUAUUCAACUAAAGCAAAGCGUUGGAGUUAAAGCAAUCGCCUUUUGUUGCUCUGCAGAUGUUUAGAGAUCACAUAUGAAGAAGAAAAAUGAAACUUAGGUCUCAAAAAAACGUUACGGCUUGCCCGGAGACGCCGAGGAGCAACGGCCGACGGUCCAACAAAGCGACGCCGAGACGAACGCGAUUAGCGAUGACCGAAGGCCCGCUUCAAACCAAGAGUGAAGAGACGUCGGAUAAUGACUUCCACUACUCAGAUGACGAAAUUCCCACAAUGACAAGGCGACCACUGCCCCGUGGCCGGCCGAGGAAAAGAGCCAUUGCUGUAGACGACAGAGAAACAGAUUUGGCCUUCAAGACUCCGAUCAGGUCCAUCAUGCGCCACGAGCGCAUGCUGUCAGAGGUUGACCCGGUGACUCCUCGUAACACAGCCAGAAACAUCUACUCGCCCAUCGUGCGUUUCCUCACACCCAGCAAAGAGAAUGUGAAGUGUGCAGACACUGUCAACAACGUGUUGAUGAGUCCAGAACAAGGUGUAUUUGGUUAUGGCUCCAUUGACCUUCUGGCUGGAGAUGAGGAAGAUGACGUCUUUAAUCCCUUCAGGUUCAUCAAGAACAUACCAUCACAGUCUCAGCAUUCCCGACCCCAGCUCAGAGAUAUCCCUCCCAAAACCAGGAGCACUCCAGAGGCCACACUGGUGGUCGACCUGGAGGAGACCCUGAUGUUCAGCUCUCUGAAUGUGAUCGAUGAAGCAGAGUACACCUUCUACACGGCUUUCCAAGACCACCAGUACAAGGUGUACAUGAUCCUACGGCCACAUGUCAAAGAAUUUCUGCAGUCCAUGGCAAAAAUCUAUGAGCUGUUUGUUUACACAUGUGCAAAGAAGGAAUAUGCUGAGAAGAUACUGAACAUCCUGGACCCACAGAGAAAACUGUUUCGGCAUCGUCUGUAUCAGGACGACUGUGCCUGCGUUCUCGGCCAUUACAUCAAAGAUCUCAGCGUCCUCGGGAGGGAUCUCUCCAAGACGGUUGUUCUGGACAACGCGCCCCACACAUACCCGUACCAUCUGAUGAACACGAUUCCCAUCAAGAGCUGGUCUGGGGAGUCAGAGGACAGAGAGCUCCAGAGGCUCAUCCCCUCCAUGGAGAAACUGUCUGCAGCGGAGGAUUUUCGGGAGGUGCUAAAGAAGAGGAAGGAUCACUUCCACCGGCUGCUGUCAGAGGACUAACAGGACUCUCCAACCACCUCCCCUCACUUAAACUACUUUAUGUGACUUUCACAGCUCAUGUUUGCUUUCUUUAUGCUUUGGCUAAAAGCAGAAUUCAGUUGGGAUUAGUUAACCUGAAGCCUGUUGGUCUGUGGUGGACCUGCUCGCCCUCCUCUGUCCUCCCUGAUGACUUUAAAGGACGGCAGAUUGGUAUUUCAGACAUGCUGCUGGUCGUUAGUCACCAAAACCCCCAUUUCUCUCAAGACUCAUUCCACCGGCCAAUGAACUGCUCCCCAGUGUAUGUGUAUAUUUCCAAGACAAAACUUGAAAUAUGUUGUUUAUAGUCGUGAAAUUUUAUUUAUUGAUUAUAUUGCUAAUCAACAGCAUUUUAUUUAGAUAUGCUUUUUUAUGCAAUAAAAUGGCCCUAAUAAUAAAUGGGGAA